UUCAUAUGUGUGUGUGCAUGUAUAUAUAUUGUCUCUAGCAGCGACUGCAAAUUACAUUAAAUUCAAUGGCGCCCAGGCUACUCGGAAGUUUCCAAACGCCCUCCGUCUUCCGUUCCGGUUGCCUCAGGGUCUUAUCGUCCCUCUCCGCUGCCCAUAACGACGCCGUAGCAGCCGACAGAAUCCUCCUCGACCUCCCCAAACUGGAACCUUCAAACGAGGCCGACUCGCUCUCGCAGAUCCUCCUCAACCACCACAACCCUUUCCACUUCAUGGAAUCUCCUCAGCAACUCCACGGGGUCUCUCUCUCUACUCACCUUCUCCACCAGACCCUUCUCCGCCUCCGUCACUCUUCCAAAAUUGCCCUUGCCUUCUUCCAUUAUUCUCAGUCCCUGCCAUUCCGCCCCGCCGCCGCCACUUCCUACAACCUCCUCAUCGACAUCCUCGGGCGGGUCCGCCAGUUCGACGUCGUUUGGCAGCUAAUAGUGGAAAUGGACCAAAACAACAUUCAGCCUAACUCUCACACUUUCUUGAUUCUUAUUCGGAGGUUGAUCGCUGCCGGACUCACACGGCAGGCCGUGCGCGCGUUCGAUGACAUGCCAUGUUUCAUCGACGAUAAGGUCAGCAUCAACGAGUUCUGUUUCUUGUUGGAUACUUUAUGUAAGUACGGACACGCGAAGGUGGCUGUCGAGGUUUUCAACAAGAGGAAGUACGAGUUCGGAGUUGAUGGUAAACUUUACACCGUUUUGAUUGAUGGGUGGUGCAAGAUUAGGAGGAUGGAUAUGGCAGAGAGGUUCCUGAGGGAGAUGAUCGAGAAGGGUAUCGAGCCGAAUGUGGUUACCUACAAUGUGCUCUUGAAUGGUGUCUGCAGGAGGGCCAGGUUGCAACCCGAGGAGAGGUUUGAGCGGACGAUAAUGAAUGCAGAGAAGAUGUUUGAUCAAAUGCGUCAAAGAGGAAUUGAGCCAGAUGUUACUAGUUUCUCCAUUGUCCUUCAUGUAUAUAGCAGGGGACAUAAGCCGCAGUUGACGCUUGAUAAGUUGAAGUUGAUGAAAGAGAAGGGUAUAUCUCCCACGGUGGCAACAUAUACAUCUGCUAUUAAGUGUCUUUGUUCUUGCGGGAGGCUCGAGGAUGCGGAGGAAUUGCUUGAGGAAAUGGUGAGGAAUGGUGUCAGUCCUUCCCCGACGACUUACAAUUGCUUUUUCAAGGAAUACAGGGGAAGGAAAGACGUCCAUGGUGCUUUGAACUUGUAUAGGAAAUUAAAAGAAGACACCUUGUGUGUGCCAAGCUUGCAGACGUACAAUAUAUUGUUAGGUAUGUUAAUGAAGUUGGAUAGAAUGAAGGCUAUAGAAGAGAUAUGGGGUGAUAUGAAAGUGAGUGGCACAGGACCGGAUUUGGAUUCCUAUACCUUGUUGAUUCACGGGUUAUGUGAGAGGCAGAGGUGGAGAGAGGCUUGCCAGUACUUUGUAGAGAUGAUUGAGAGGGGUUUUCUACCCCAAAAAGUUACUUUUGAGACACUAUAUAGAGGCUUGAUACAAUCUGACAUGUUGAGAACCUGGAGGAGAUUGAAGAAGAAGCUUGAUGAAGAAUCAAUAACUUUCGGCUCAGAGUUUAAAAACUACCCCUUCCAGCCAUAUAGGAGAUGAAAAUUAUGCUUCUUUACAUAUCCACUUCAUGAAUGCUACUUGUUUUGACUCAUUCAAUUCAAUAGCCUAGCUUCUUCUGAUGUCCAGGUGAAUGGGUGAGGACGAGACUUCAACAAUUCAGUGAUUCAGCGACAGAACUUAUUGAUUUAUGAUUUCUACCAGCUACCAAUAUGCCAUCUCAUUCAGUCGAAGGAGAUCCAUCCAGUGUGGAAGCUUACAUGCGCUGUAUGGCCUUCAAAAAACCUUGUGGUCGAAAUGACUCAACCUUAGCAGACUGCUGCCUCCUUGAAGGUAGUUUUAGAAGAAAAACGGCAAAUGAGUAGAAUGCUUAAGGAGCAGUUUCAAAAGGUCCAAACUAGAGGUAAGCAAUAUGCCGAUAAACACUGAGUUUAAUGUAGGGUGAGCUGGUGUUGCCCAAACUUCAACCCUACAGGCUGCUCAUUGGCUGUGAGCUCAAGCCCUCUCCUAAAUUCAAUGAACUGUUUGAAGUGGUAAAGAAGACUGGGGAUAUGGCAUACCGGUUGCUGCUGCCUAAGGAAUCUCAAGUUCAUCCAGUGUUUCCUGUUUUUCUCUUAAAGAAGUAUGUGGCAAGAAAACAUAUUAUUCUAAAGGCUUACUAAGUGUCAGUGAGGAGGAGCAAUUCAACGUUGAAUCCUUGAAUAUCUUACAACUCCGGAAGGUCCACAGACAAAGUCAACUGGUUGAUCAAGUACUGGUGCAGUAGGUUUAUUUUGGACCAGAAGAACCAACUGGGAAGAUGUCAUAUUUCUUGGCAAAAGAAUGGUGCAAUAAGCAUGCCAUAAAGACCCACAUAUUUUAUUAUUUCAUAUAUAGGCGCACAUAUAUACAAUAAACAUUUCAUAUCGUGCUCCAUAAUGAUCAGACUGUACAACUAUAUUCAAUAAUAAUA